AACGUCUUACCGGGCGACGAGUCGCUGCUUGAACCGCUGCACCUGUCACUUGUUGUGCCGUGCUGGAAAAACAGCGGUGCUGUGCUGUUCUUUCUUCGGCCCUAAUACGAACUGAACCGAAGCGAGAAUGACAUCCAAUGUGGUCGUCAUCAACGCAACCGAGGACCGAGUCUGUCCAAAGCCUCAUACACUACAUACCGGCACUGCCUCCAGAGUCCGGCGACAAGCGUCGAAGCCAUAGCUGUCCGAAGCUUCAGACUACAGUAGCAAGCGUCUCGUUGGCUCAUUCGCGUCUGGUCUCGUCUCGACCCCCCCCCUUCCGUCUCCCCUUCGAGGCAAGUCGUCGAUGGCCGCCGUCAGCGUCGGCCUCGACGCCUUGCAUCUGACCGUGCGACUCAGGGGUAUCGAUAUCUGGCCGAACGAAACCUCUCCAAUAAUCCCCUUGACGGCAACGCGGCGGCACCAUCACACGCAUUCGCCGACGGACCAAGAAGCGGGACGGACGGCGGCACCAUCUCUCUACGACCUUAAUUGGGUUCGUCUUGAAGGCUGGACUCGCCGUGGUUGCCAAGAAAGGACACACUUGUACCCUCGGGAGCCAGGAGCUGCAGAGAAAACCGAGUGACUGACCUGCACGUCGUCUGGGCUCCCCCGCCUGGGAAAUGUCCCAAUCCACGUCCUCCCAUGCACCCAUCCCAUCUCCGUCUGCCACCACCCCCCAUGCAUAUCCCAUGUCGAACCCCAGGACACACACACCUCCGCCACGCCUGUUAAAA